AUGACACUGAAAAAGGUUCUUAUAGUUAGUAAAACGUUUCCAGCGAUUGGUUUAGAGAUAUUAAAAAGGAAAACGGAGCCAUUUGUUGUUCCAUUUUUUGAACAUGAACUGGAGAGUUUGCCAGAAAUUAAGAAGUUACUAAAGAAAGGCUACGACGCCGUUAUAUGGAACACUAAACAUCGACUUACAAGAGACAUAUUAGAUCUAGCAGGUCCACAGAUUAAGGCGAUAUCAACGAUGUCAUCGGGUACGGAUCAUGUGGAUUUGGAUGAAGUUUUCAAACGUGGCUUGCUCAUCGGUAACACUCCUCACGUACUUGACGACGCUGUGGCUGACAUCACUGUUGGACUCAUGAUAGCAGCUGCUAGAAGAUUUAAGGAAGGCAUCGCUGAGAUUAUGAACAAUGAAUGGAAAUAUGGUGUGCAGUGGAUGCUCGGGCAGGACAUCGCUGGCAGUACGGUGGGUGUGGUGGGACUGGGCGGCGUCGGUCAAGCGGUCGUGCGCAGACUGAAAGGAUUUGAUGUCGCUCGGUUUCUGUACUCAGGACGUAGUGAUAAACCUGAAGCUAAGGCUCUAGGCGCAGAGCGGGUGCCCCUUGAGCAACUGUUGAGAGAGAGCGAUUACGUACUGCUGUGCUGUCCGCUGACCAGAGAAACCAAGAAUCUCAUCAACGCCGAAACCUUGAAGAUUAUGAAGAAAAACGCAGUGCUUAUUAACAUAGGGCGAGGAGGUAUUGUAGACAAUGACGCAUUAUACAAUGCUCUAAAGCAAGGACAAAUUUUCUCUGCCGGCCUUGAUGUCGUGGACCCCGAGCCAAUUUCAAAAGACCAUCCACUUUUAUCGCUGCCUAAUUGCUUUAUUAUACCGCAUAUGGGUAGCGCAACAAUCGAAACCAGAAAUGCAAUGGCUACCAUAUCCGCCAAUAACAUACUGCAUGCGUUGGAGGGAAAACCAAUGGUGCAUCCAGUAACAUCUUAA